GGCAGAACGGCACCGGCAGCACCGGGGCAGCACCGGGCGGGACGGCGGGGCUGGGGGGGCCAUGGCGCGGCUGCUGCUGUGCUGUGCUGCCCUGCUGGCGGCAGGGACGGUCCAUGGCGAGGGGUCAACACCAUCGCAGCCCCGGCCCGGCUCAUCCGAAGCUGUCACCACGUGGGCACACAGCACUUCUUCACGCAGCUCAGGGACAGCCGAACCACAGACAUCGUCAUGGGACACAACUCGCGGCAGAGAGAGCUCAGCAGCACCUCUGUCUCCACCGCACACCUCUGCAACACCGUCUUCAACUGCGACCCCAAACGCUGCAACAGCUGAGCCUCCAUCCGGCCCUGCAGGAACGCCACCUCUGCCCACGGCGUCGAGCUCAGCGCCGCUGACCACAGCCCCAUCCAGCACCCCCCCCACAUCGGCUCCAUCCAACCUGACCACGGUGCCCAACCAUACGUGGUCCUCAGGCACGGCGCCCGCCCCGUCCUCCCCUGGGCGCCCCACUCCCACCCCCAGCUCUGCCGUGCCCACCGCCAGCUCCGCUCCUGGCACUGCCUCUGCCCUCAGCUCCAGCACUGCACGGCUGCUCGGGGCCGGCAGCCUGGCACAGCCCUCCUCCAAACCCAACCCCGGAGUGGUGGUGGUCGUCUGCCUCUUCGUGGCGGUGCUGGUGGGGGCCGUGGCCAUGCUGCUGGUGCGGCUGCGCUGCUGCGGGAAGCCCCGCUUCCAACGGCUGGAUGAGGUGCCCAUGGGCAAAGUGUCGGAGGAGUCCCACUUCGCCCGCCACCCCCCCAGGUGACCCCGCCGUGCCCAAUAAAGACGCUGCAGCCAUGGC